CCAUUGCACAGCCUUCCUCCAUCAGCUUCCCUUACAGCAGACAACAGAGAGACAGCACAAAAAGAGAUCAGCUGGAAAUAACACAAUUACAUGCGAUCGCAGUGAGCCGACAGCCGGGAUAUGAUGUCAUUGCGGCCUCAGCGUCAUUACAGGGCGUGAGAGGGACCUGUGCAGGAAGAACACAGAGAUCCCAACAGCAACCACUGACGACCAGGGACUGAGGAUCCACUCCAGCCCUUCUAGAGCAAGAUCCGUUCUCCUUUUUUUGUGGCCAAGGUGUGAAUCGUUUGAGAUUUCAGAAUGAGUGAGUUGGAGCAGUUACGGCAAGAAGCAGAACAGCUUCGGAAUCAAAUCAGAGAUGCCCGGAAAGCAUGCAGCGACACAACGCUUGUUCAGAUUACCACAAGCUUGGACUCAGUAGGUCGAAUCCAAAUGCGAACACGUCGCACACUGAGGGGCCACUUAGCUAAAAUCUAUGCCAUGCAUUGGGGGUCAGAUUCCAGGCUAUUAGUCAGUGCAUCUCAAGAUGGAAAAUUAAUUAUUUGGGACAGUUAUACAACAAAUAAGAUGCAUGCCAUUCCGCUGCGCUCCUCAUGGGUGAUGACUUGUGCCUAUGCACCAUCUGGAAAUUACGUUGCAUGUGGAGGAUUAGACAACAUCUGCUCCAUUUACAACUUGAAAACAAGAGAAGGCAACGUGCGAGUGAGCAGGGAACUGCCAGGGCACACAGGAUACUUGUCAUGCUGUCGCUUCCUAGAUGACAACCAGAUUGUAACAAGCUCUGGAGAUACAACUUGUGCUCUAUGGGACAUAGAAACUGGACAGCAGACCACAACCUUCACAGGACACACUGGAGAUGUGAUGAGUUUGUCUCUUAGCCCUGACAUGAGAACUUUUGUUUCCGGUGCUUGCGAUGCUUCUUCUAAGCUGUGGGAUAUCCGUGAUGGCAUGUGCAGGCAGUCUUUCACUGGACAUGUGUCCGAUAUCAAUGCAGUAUGCUUCUUUCCUAAUGGAUAUGCUUUUGCCACUGGCUCGGAUGAUGCAACUUGUCGUCUAUUUGAUCUGCGUGCAGACCAGGAACUGAUGAUGUACUCCCAUGACAACAUCAUUUGUGGUAUCACUUCAGUAGCUUUCUCCAAAAGCGGUCGCCUGUUGUUAGCUGGCUAUGAUGACUUCAACUGCAACGUAUGGGACACCUUGAAGGGUGAAAGAGCCGGAGUCCUUGCUGGCCACGAUAACCGUGUGAGCUGUUUAGGUGUAACUGAUGAUGGCAUGGCUGUAGCUACAGGGUCUUGGGACAGUUUUCUCAGAAUCUGGAAUUAACUUGAUGAAAGAGAAUGAUCUUGUAAAUUCUCCACCGAGAUCUGGAGAGGUCAAUGCUGCAGCCUAUAGCUGUGAAAUAACAUUUCUACCUUGUAUUUGCAGGUGAAGUUUUUUCUAUUCACUGAUUAUUAUUACACAAAAGGCUUUCUUUAAACUAGUAAAAUCAAGUGAAGUCAUAAGGUUUUAAAGGGGAAAGAGCAUUGGUGACUAUUUAAAAGGGGCUAGCACACAGGAUCAUGGUGACCAAGAAUCUAGGAGCCAGUCUUUGUUUUUGUGGUUUGGUUAAGUUGUUUUAACCCUUUUGCUGCUAGUAAAGUCAGUUUUGCUUUGUAGAUCUUUACAGCAGCCACACGGUUAAAGGAUUUCUGCUUUGUGCUCAAAGUCUGCUGAGUCUGUACUUUAUUUUUGUUAGCUUUUAUUUUAUUUUUAUUUUUUGUACAUACCUGAAUGUACACACUAUAGCAGCUGAACAUGUAAUGUUUAUAUGUUAAAUGACAAAAAAACAACAAAAGACAAAAAAACAAAACAAACAAAAAUGCCUUUUUUAUUUAAUAAAUAAAUAAGAAUUGUAGCUUUGAACAGCAGAGUAGUAUAAUGUUGGAUAUACUUGAUUGCUGUUUACUUUUUUUGUGACCUUGCUGUGGAUGAAAUUAAGUCAUUGCUCUGUAUAUGUGUCCAUCAAGUUAUAGUAUAUCUUCCCCUUAGACACAGGACAGGCCAGUUAGUGAAUCUGUUUCCUCACCUCCCUAUAGUGUGACUGCGUGUAUUACAACCAGAUUAACUUUGAGGUGUACUGUGAUACUGAUUCCAUUGUGCAGUCACAGGUAUCUCAGUCCCUUGAGAAUGCAGGAAAAUUAAACCCACUAUUCUGUUUCCUGACCUGAAUGCACUAAUGUAAAUUGCUAAUGUUCCCAUCUACCUGCACUGAAAGAAACUUGAAACAUUAACUACUUUUAUUUUUUCUUCUUUGCAAUAUUUUUCUUUUUUGGGUCGGCUUUUGAAACCACUAAUUUCCAACAAAUAACCUGACAAUCAUCAGGAAUAAUAUGUUAGAAAAUCGAACUGUAAACCCUUUAAUAUUUAGUCUAAUAAUAGUGCUUUGUCACAUUCACUAAUUUAAUGUAAAUAAUUUUCUAUUUACCAUUGGUAUUAAGAUCUCUACAGGGCAUUUAAUUGUCUUUCCCUGCUUUUGACUUUACUUAAUGCUGUAAGUGAUGCAGUAAUUCUAGUAAAAUAGUUACCCAAGACAGUCCUAUUCUAAACCUCUUUAAAUAAGAGAACUCAGCUGGGUAUACCUGGUUGGAGUUGGUGCCCAAUUUAAAAACUCAUUGAAUUUUUUUAUUUUUUUUAUUUAGUAACCCUAAACAGUUUCUACCUGAUGGGGAACUUUGUUUACACAGUCAAUGUCCCUUAAAACAGUGCCAAAAUGCGUUGCCCUUCUAAUAAGUCUUUGAUAUUCUAACCAGAGCCCAUGCGCUGAAAUGCAGUCUUUUAAUCUGUGCCUCUUGUCAUGUUUAUAAUCAUGAAUGUGCCAACAAAUUCUACCAAGACAGAAUCCUCAGUAUUGUGAAGCUACUCCUAUUACACUGUUGUUAAAUUAUGAAAAACAAUACUGGGCUGGAAUACUGCGUUUGCCUGUCAUCCUUCAUGUCGCCGCCAUUGUUUGGCACUUUUGCUGUCACUGAAGGCAAGUAAAAUAUCUUGCAGACUAUUAAAGUCAGCAGAGGUAUCCCUGGUGAGCAGAACUUUGAGAUCAAACAGAAUUCAGCAUACGAUAUAUCCUUCUUGUUCAAUCUGACGUUUAAAUACACUUAACCAAGCUGCAAAGUCAUGACACUGUGUUAGUCUGGCUUUUGUAACCUUGUGUCCCCCAACCCCUGCAUUCCUGGUGUAUUAAAGGUUAGUUUUGGAAAGCAGUGGGGAGAUCCAGAAAUCUGAUUUUAUUUUCCUGAUCAGGUUUUGUAUAUUGCUAGUUAAAUUGCCAAGACAUUAUGUACUAUCAUUAUUAUUAUUUCCUAAGCUUGUGUUAAAUGAUUGGGAAUUGUAAGCAGAAUUUUUUUGGUAUGUUCAAAAGGUAAAUGUGAAAAGCUAGAAACAGGUUUGACAUCAUUCUGACCAUCGAGUAAAACAUUGUAACAUGGGGUUUCUUAGUAGACUAAGUACCAGUACCCAGUAUAUGUUGUGUAUUGUGGCUUAAAGAGAAAUGUAAACUUUUUUGAUCGCCAGUAUGUCAUUAUACGGCUACUGUAAAAUGGAGAUGCCAGGAUCAAUGGUUAAAUUACUAAAAAUGAUUCAGAGAGCUACAGCUUUGUUUUUCUGAUCAGUUAUGGAAUUCACAAUGUGCCAAUAUAUGAACCAUUGUAAUCAUUCCAGCUGUAAUUUAUUGUUUGCCUUCUUCAAGCGGAUUGUGAAUUUAAAUGGGAAUCCAUUUAUAGUUCUUGUUCAGGGUGCUCUCUUGACAUGUUGGGUUAGUAUGCCAACCUUUCAAAAGUGGCUUUAGUUACCACCUAUAUCAUCGGUGCUCCAGAAGAUGUUAAAGAACUGCUUUUUGAAAAUAAAUAUUCAUAUUGUUCUCUGUAAAAGACUUUUUUUUUUUCUCGUAUUGAAAGUGCCAAUUUUCCCAGGAUGGGUCUAAAACAUGGAUGAAUAUAGGACUUGGCAGGCCCUUCAGUCAACCAACAAAGUAUAUCAAAAAAGAUCGAACAUACUUGGGUGGUUAAAACAGUUUUCUUUUAGAUUGGUGGUACUGAAUCUAAAAUCGGUGCCGGGUCACUAGCACUAGUUCCAUUUUCCACUUUUUAUUCCAAUUUUUUUUUUUUGUCUUGUUCUAUUUCAUAAAUGAAACUGCUAACCUCUCAAUACAUUCCAACGCUUUGUUAUGAAGGACAAGUUGCAUCAAAAGUCAAGUUUGUAGUACUGUACUGUGACACUUCUCUCAAAGAAGCUCAAGCCAAUUGAAAUCUGGAAUAUUUGUAGCUCCCGCACGAUUUUUCUAGUCAAGUAACGGAAUUUGGUUUCAUUUCAUGUCCAAGUGACGAAGCAUGGGUAAUGGUGCACUUUGUAUAAUCUGGCGUGCAUGCUAGUGAAAAUAUCUUCCUCAACCGUAGAGGCACCAUAAGCCUUGUCUCUUCUGUUUGUAUCGAAUUGCUGGUUGUAUAAAAUACAUACAGAAUGUUAAUGCAGUGUUGUAUGGUAAUAUGUGCAAACAGUGUUACAGAUUUGAUAUAACCUGAGAUAACACAUUACAUGUGCCUCACAAAAUCUUCGACCACACAGUAUGCUAGGUUUCGAAUAAUACGGAUUUUCAGUGGAGACUAGUUCUAGAUCUUUACAGCCUUUUUAAUGCUUUCUUUACAUAGUGGUGCUUAAUCCUGUGUGUUUCUCCAUUCCCGGGGAUUGGGAAAGGCAAAGUAAAAAAAAAAAAAAAAAAUUAUAAUAAUUCAAAAAAAAAAAAAUAUAUAAAAUGAAAAAAAUCUAUAAAAAAAAAAAGAGGAAAAAAAGCAUCUAACACGUGCGUUAUUACACUUAAUAUCCAUAGAAGUCCAACAUUUAGUUGCUUUUUGAAGGAACAUGUUUUGUUGCUGUAAUAUAACACUUUGAAGAAGAGAAAAAUCGAGCACAUUCAUUCUAUAAACAUUUUUACUCGUGUUGCUGAUUUUUGACAAAAGGCUUUAUAAAUAUCAAUUAUGAAUUAAUUCUGCACUGCCUUUUGGAUUGUGUAUGUUUUAAAAACUGUCUUUAAAGGUUUUAAGCCAAUUAGAAACCAGGGACAUGCCAUGCUUAUUUUCCUCCCCUUUCUUUCUUUUAACCGUUGCUGUUGUAUAAAGAAUUUCCCUGUGAAAUAAUCACUUGCUAUAAACGUUUUGUUUAUAUUUUUCCACAAUUGAUUUUUUUUCUUUGUAUUUGUACAGUGGCUCAGUGAAACCAAUAUGUUGCCAUGAAUUGAUAUUGUAACCAAUAAACAAGUGCUUUUAACCAGA